AUGAACUAUCAGCACGCGCAAACGCCAGUCCCAACAUCUGUUCCGUUCCCUUUCUCUUCAAACACGUUCAGCGCUGAUGUAUCCAUUGAGACUGCUCUAAAGAUUGCCGGGCUUCAGGCGAAGCUUGACAAGAGGCUCGGUCCAGAAUACAUCAGUCAACGGCCUGGCCCAGGAGGAGGCCCGAAGCUCACUUACGUGGAGGGGUGGAAAGUUAUUAAUCUCGCUAAUGAAGUCUUUGGAUUCAAUGGAUGGGCCUCGAAUAUUGUGAACAUCACGGUCGAUUAUCUGGACACAAACGAAGAAACUCAGCGCGUGAAUGUUGGGGUAUCCGCCAUUGUAAGAGUGACGCUCAGAGAUGGAGUAUUUCGUGAGGAUGUCGGUUACGGUGCUGUUGAGAACGUCAAGGGGAAGGGUAUGGCGUUGGACAAGUGCAAGAAAGAAGCGGUGACUGAUGCCAUUAAGCGCACAUUUCGAACGUUCGGCAACGUGCUAGGUAAUUGCUUGUACGACAAAACAUACUGCAAAGAAGUGUUGAAAAUGCCGAUCCCAGUGGUGCGUUGGUUCAGGUUGUUUAAACUACAUUUUAUCGACACUUCCAUAGCCCAAAUUCGACAGAAAUCAGCUCCAUAG